CGAACAUUCAGUGCAAUAAUAAUAAUAAAAAACUGUUAUUACGGGUUGUGAAUACUUAAUCAGUAUCCUGAACCGUCCGUAAUGUCUGUGCUGUGUUAUAAUAAAGGCUGCGGGCAGCGGUUUGAUCCAGAAAUCAAUUCAGAGGAUGCGUGUACGUACCAUCCUGGAGUUCCUGUUUUUCAUGAUGCUCUGAAGGGUUGGUCGUGUUGUAAGAGACGGACAACAGACUUCUCGGAUUUUCUUAGUAUUGCGGGCUGCACUAAAGGUCCUCAUAACAGCGAGAAGCCGCUUGAACCCGUGAAACCAGACGUGAAGGUCUCAGGAGAGAAGAAAGAGCUGGAGGAUCUGAAACCCAGGUUUAAUGAGUAUAUCAUCCAGGCCCCCAAACCACUGGAGUUCAUCCAGAGACCCAGCGCUGAGGAGCCGCUGGUGAAGCUGCAGAGGAAAGUCUCCUCGUCUCUGAACCAGACGCUCGAGAAACUCAGACUCGCAGACGCCGCUCCGCUCCAAGAGAAAGAAGAGGAAGGAAGUGAGGUCAAAUUUGGGACGGCGUGUAAAAAUGGAGGCUGCUCGAAGACAUACAACGGACCAAAGACUGAUGCAGAAACGUGUUCAUAUCAUCCCGGAGUGCCCAUCUUUCACGAGGGGAUGAAGUACUGGAGCUGCUGUAAGAGGAAGACGUCUGAUUUUAACUCAUUCCUGUCUCAGGACGGCUGUAAUAAAGGAUCACACCAGUGGAGGAAACACACGGGUAACAAAGUGGCUCCAUGUCGAUUUGAUUGGCACCAGACAGGAAGUCAUGUGACCAUGUCUAUCUAUGCAAAGAACUCGAAUCCUGAGCUUUGUUCUGUGGAAGCAAACAGCAUCUCGCUGAAAAUCCGUCUGAUCUUUGAGGGAGAAAAAGAGUUUGAGCUGAAGAUGAGCCUGUGGGGGGUGAUUGACAUCAGUAAGAGUGUUGUUAACAUGAUGGCCUCUAAAGUGGAGGUGGUCAUGAAGAAGGCGGAGCCUAUAACCUGGGCGCGGCUGGACACGCCCCCUCCAAAGCCUCAACCGACCAAUGAGAAGAAAGACAAUCCAGACCAAGAGAAAAUGACCGCUUGACUCCCACCGACUCGCUCAGGCUCUCAGACAGCAGUGAUCAACUAAAC